AUGAUUGUGCAAGGAGAACUGACGAAACAACCCAGUUCACCUUUUAUUAAAGAUCGUUUUGUCAAUUCAGAGAGAAAAACGCCAACAUGUUCUCCAAGUCCAUUAUACAAAUCUCCAUCAGCUAAUAGUUUCGUUGAAAGUCCGAUAAAGUCACCAAUCAGUACUCCGAAAAAACAAAAGAAAUACCAUGUAACUGAUACGACUCUUGAUGCUCCUGAUAUAUUAGAUCUUGAGCCAAAUGAAAUUAUUAGCUUUAACACUGAAAAUCAUCUUGCAGUUGCCCUUGGUCAGCAUGUUUACAUCUGGAGAGACGGAGAUGUCGAAUAUUACAUGAAUGCUGCAGUUAAUAUCAAUUCAUUAUGCUGGUACGAUAGUGAUACACUUGUUAUCGCGCCAAAAGGUCAUGUUGAGUUAUGGAGUGUCUUAACCAAGCGUUGCAUCCGCAAAUUACAGCACCACAAAGGCCGUGUAAACUGUAUAGCAUGUACAAACGGCAAAAUUGCAACUGCUGGUACAGACAACGUAAUCAACUUAUCAGAUCUCAAAACUUUCAAAACAGAUACAUUGAUUGGCCAUAAAUCAGAAAUAGUCAGUCUUUCUUGGUCGCCGGAUGGAAACAUUCUUGCAUCAGCUGAUAAAUCUGGUUUAUUAUCCAUUUGGGCAAACAAAAAACGUAAAAAGAUACCUAUGCACUUCCCAAUAGCAUCAAUUACAUGGAUUACCCAAACAAUUAUCGCUGUUGGUGGAAGUGAUCAAGAUGGAACACUCAAAUUAGUGAAUAUUUUAUGCCCUGAUGAUGAACAGUCAAUAUUUGUUGAGACUGGUCAGCCAAUAUCACAUAUCCACUGGUGCUUAGCCCGUGGAAUAUUUGUUGCUCACAGAAUUCUUCCAUUUGAUGUGGAAUUAUUCGGCCGCGAUUUAACAAAAAUCGAUGAUUUUAAGGGUCAUGAAGGCCCUGUAAUGCAAGUAAUUAGCACUCUAGAUGGUUCAUAUGCAGCUUCAAUUGCAGCAGAUGAAAAAAUUAAAUUAUGGAAUUUCGUGAAUGAAGCUUCACUCGUUAGAGCACAAUCAGCUCAGUUCUUCCCAACAAUUAGAUAA